AUCAGCUCAGUCUGGCUUUAACAAUCCAAACGGCCACAUCGCGCUUAGUUUAAAAAUAAAAAAUAUAACAAAAAAAAAAUAGAAGAAAUAAAUCUAUAUAUAGAAUAAAUAUAUUAUAGUGCUGUGUGCGUAAAAGAUUAAAAUUGAAUAUUUACAAAAUGUGGCGCUUACUUAUGGCAUCGAUGAUGAUAAGUGCGGCUUGCUGUGAGAUGGAUCUUUGGCGGCCAGAUUUGAGGUCGCCCGAAAACAUGGCCUAUAUAGAUCGAAUUGGCCAAGAAUGGAAAGAGCAGCAACAACAAUAUCAAUUAAAGCAACAAGAGAAACAGAAACAACAACAAAUUCAACAGGAACUACUGCAGCAGCAACAGCAACAGUCUCAACCACAAAAUCCAUUUUCAAAGGACCAACCAACUGUUUUGUUACCAACACUGCCACCCCUUACCUCUCCCGGCCUUGUCAAUGGCCUUGGCAAUAAAAUCGACCCAGUGGGGGCCCGCAUCCAGCCUCCAAGUGCUAUACAAAAUCCAUUUCCGGCUGCAAGUUCCGGCUUUGGCCAAACACGUGUCGAUCUAGCCACCUCGGAUGGAGUAGCCAAAAGUGUCCUGCACUUUGCCAAUCUUUUGGGCCAAAAUUUGAGCAACAAGAAAACGGAAAUCUUCUCACCACUGAGCAUUGUCAACGCCCUGGCACUUUUAUAUUUGGGCGCCAAGGGACCUAGCCACCGUGAAUUGGAAUAUGUUUUCGCACAAGUAGAUCCGAUUAAGUUGCAUGAACAGUUUGGAUUAAUGCUGAAGGAUUUGCAGCAACCGACAAGGGAUCUGGUGUCCCAGGGACGACCUGUGGUCAACUGGAGGGCUGUCAACGGAAUGCGAGCCAAUCGCCGGGCCCAGAGGCCAGGAGCCCAUGAGGUGCACCUCGCCAAUGGAAUAUUCACCCAGAAUGGGUACUCGCUCAACCCUGACUACAGACAAGCAGCUGCCGAAGUAUAUGGAUCGGAAAUUCAGAGCAUGGACUUUGAAGGCAGUCCUGAGGGAUCCCGAUACAACAUUAACAACUGGGUGGCGAGGAACACCAACAACCACAUUGAUAACAUUAUUUCGAGUAAAAUUCCUCAGAGCACCAAGAUGAUUCUGGCCAACGCAUUGUACUUUAAGGCCUUUUGGGAAACUGACUUCAUAGAGAGUGCUACCAGGUUGGAUAACUUUUAUCCGAACGGCGAGGGCACCCAGCCGGUGGUGCGGGUUAGGAUGAUGGCAACUGCUGGCUCCUUCCCCUACCACGAAGAUCACCAGCUGGGCUGCAGGAUCAUUGGACUUCCCUACAGAGGCAACCUGAGCACCAUGUACGUUAUCCAGCCCCUGCAAUCCUCUCAGCAGGAACUGCAGGCACUGCAAAGGAAACUGACUCCGGAGCUUAUAGAAGAUCUCAUUGGUAAAAUGUACAGACGAACGGCUCUGUUGGCUUUCCCCAAACUGCACCUUACGGAGUCCGUGAAUCUUAAAACCAUUUUGCAAAAGAUGGGACUGGGUGGCAUUUUCAGUGCCGUUCAAAAUGAUCUCUCCCUGAUUGCCACACGAGAGCCCACGGCGGCCAAUUCCUAUGGUGGCGGCAACAGCCUUCAGAAUCUGGAAGCACAGCGAAGAGCCGCCGGAGCGGGAGGAGGACGCUCUGAUCUGGUGGUGGACGAUAUAGUCCACAAAGUGGAUUUCACGGUCAAUGAACAGGGUACGGAAGCGGCGGCUGCCACGGUCACGUACCUAAAGAAAUCCGGCCCGGAUGUUCUCUUCCGGUGCGACACACCAUUCAUGGUCAUCGUGCGCCACGAUCCCACCAAGCUGGUGCUUUUCUACGGGAUCAUCAACCAGCCACCGGCUGAACGCUGAAAAGUAGCACCUUAGUUCGUCGACUUUUAGUUAGGAAUCAAUGAUAUCAUUUAAAAUGAUGCUAAAAAUAAAUAUAAUUCAUAUUUUAAGAUCAUAAAA